AUGAAUAAAAAACAUUUAACCCUCGUCGUUGCUUUGGAUGACUGUAAUGGUAUUGGACGUAAUAACACAAUUCCAUGGCAUAUUAAAAAUGACUUGAAAUUUUUUCGCCAUGUAACAUCAAAAGUAAAUGAUUCCAAUAAGCAAAAUGCUGUUAUUAUUGGCCGAAAAACAUAUGAAACAUUCCCAAAACCAUUGCCAAAUCGUUUAAAUAUUGUUGUUAGUAGUAAUCGAGCAUUACCUAAUACAAAUUAUUCGAAUGUUCUUUGUGUUGAAACGUUCAAUGAUGCAAUAAAAUCUGCGAAUGAAAAUGCAAAUAUUGAAAAUAUUUUUAUUGCUGGUGGUGUCUUGAUUUAUGAAGAAGCUAUCAAAACGGAUCUUGCCAAACGUAUAUUUUUAACACGUGUUAAAGGUGAUUUUCAAUGUACAGCUGUUUGGUCAUCAUUUGAUAUCUCAAAUUUUAAACUUAUUAAACCAAUACCUGAUGAAUAUCAACAAUUUUUUGCAGAUCCCAAUGAAAAUCAAGAAGAAAAUUCGAAUACACCAUCAUAUCAUUUAGAAAUCUAUGAACGAGAUAUUUAA